AUGAAGGUCAAGAAGAAGGAGGAUGAGCAGGAGGAAAGAAAGAACAGGGAGGCCGGCCAGAUUCCGAUUAUCAUUUCUGCAAGCAGCACGACUUUUCCAAGUGUGUUUUACUCCGUCGAACAUCUUUCAACAAGCGGAUGCAUUCAGGCGGUUCCCCUGGAGCCAGCAGCCUACGUCAUCGACGAGCCAUGCUGUGACUACGUGGCAUUGCCCAAAUAUCGAGCUGUUACGUAUCCGCAAGUUUUUGAUGGACGUAAAGAGAACACAAGAGUCUUGAAAAUAAACGAUGAGAUUACCUUGGACCUUGAACCCAGCUCCGUACUUCAUGAAAAAUUUUUCGUACGUACCUAUCGCGAUGGAGUUCCGGAGCACAAAUACUAUGAUGUUCGCGAUUUGCAAAAUAACUUUUAUCACGAUGAAAAACGACUGGCAGCAGUGAUGCUUUUUGACGAAGGCGGGACCUUGAAAGUGGAAGGUGUUGUUGGACCUAACUUGAAGAUAAGGCCCAUCGAAACUGCCGAACGCUCCGCAGAUGGCCGCCAAGCCCAUCUCGUUGAAAAUAUCGAAGACAGCGACUCCGUCGAUGUGCACGGCAAAAUAUUAAAUGACAAAAUUAGAGUUGCUGAACGCGCGGCAGGUGGUGGGACUCGUUUCGAUUCAACAAAGUAUAACGUCCAGAAAAUUUACCCGGAAAUACUUGUGGUAGUAGACUCACGGCUACGGCAAUCAUUUCAUGAAAAGGAGCAUGCAAUUUUUUACUUCAUGGUAACGAUUGAAGUUGUCAACAUACGUUAUCGCGCCCUUAGAGACCCAGAAAUCAGCAUCGUGCUGCGAGGACUCGAAUUCAGUGAAUGGGAUCAGGAAGGCCUGUACUAUGAAUACGUAGGGGAGGAUGACAUCGAUGGCUAUAAGAGUCUCCAGAAACUCGUGACGUUUGUCACUAAGAGAAAAGAAAUUUAUGGUUCACUUGACCUGGUUUACUUUGCGACAGGGUGGGAUAUGGUUGCCGUAUAUCAGACAACUAGAACGGAUAGCCUUGAAGGCUAUGCUUUUGUUGCUUCUGCUUGUACUGACAACCGGGAGCAGCUGGGGGAGGACAAAGCGUAUACAUACAAAGGCAUACGCAUUAUGACCCACGAAAUCGGACACACAUUUGGUUGCUCACACGAUGGAACGAGCGCUUCGGGUGUUGUGAGAGCAUUUACGCCGAACAGCCUGCAGUGUCCAUGGGGCGAUGGAUACAUUAUGAGUUAUGAGCAAGAAGACAGCCGAAGUAUGAAGUUCUCUCAUUGCUGCCAGUACGAUAUCCGACAGUUGACCUGGACGUACGAAGCAAACUGCUUGCACAGAAAUGAUUCACAUGAGUACCCACUUAACUGGUUAAAACGCUACGUGCUACCUGGAGACUACUUGAGCCUAAAUACACAGUGCAAAAUAUGGUACCCGUUUCUUCGGAAAACGUACUUUCUUGAGGAAGGCGUUGUGGGACCUCACCUGAAGAUUCGUCCGGGUGAAGCCAGUGAGCGGUCUACAUACGGUGACCAGGCACACAUUGUUGACACAAUUGAAGACUUGAAGGAUGAAAGUGUUCAUGGUGACAAAGCCCUGACUUGA